AUGAACCCAUUUUCGCGGGGUUUCUUGAUAUUUUUCUUCAAAAAACCCACCGAGAACACGUUUGAGCGAGCGGUCAUCGAUGUGGUCGAUGUUCCCAGCAUCGACCUCGACCCACAUCACGUGGGAAUUUGUCUCGGCGACGAUCUCCUCAUUCACGCGCCAACUAUCGGAGUGAAAAAGGAAACGAUCAAAGAGGCACUAAGUCGAUCAAAACCUGAAGCCUAUGAGAUUUGGCGUUUCCGCGAUGGUACGAUUGACGGGAAGGGUUUGGAACGAGCUCUCUCAUUCGCUGAAUCGAAAGCCGGCUGCGAGUACAAUGAUAUUUUCUCGCCAAAUUUCCGCAAUUCAAAGGGCCAGGAGUCCUACUACUGUAGUCAACUCGUCGCUGAAUCGUUUAAAGCCGAUUUUCCCUGUGAACCGAUGAAUUUCCGUGGAAAAAAUGGCGAUUUUCUACAAUAUUGGGUUGAAUAUUUUGCAAAAAGGCAUCAAGAAAUCCCCCAGGAUCAACCAGGAAGUCAUCCGGCAAAAAUCAGAAAAGCCGAGUGUCUGGAAAGGGUCACUCGAGUCGAUUUACGCGAUUCUGCGAGGCUU